AUGGGUGUGCUUGCGCCGCUGCUGAUGAUCGCUAUGGCCGGUACGGCCUGCGGCCGCCGGGACAACUCGCUCACAAGUGUGCUCGUCCGAUACAUCGCCGAACGCUCCGCAUACAAGAAAGGUGACCAGGAGUACGCGCGCAUCACGCAGGCGCCUAUGGUGAAGAUGCACCUCCGCAAGGUGUUCCUGCCGUCAACCAUGCACGCGGCGAUGAAGGACGACAUGGCCGAGAAACUUGUUGAACGUAAGGAAACGCAGAACUCACACCAGAGUCAUCGAAAAUCAGGGGCCGGAGAAGUGGACCGUGACAACGAAUUCGCCAGGAAAGAAAUCACGGAGUCGCUGGGCGCCGUUGACGAGCUGGAGCGGCUGGCGGGCGAGCCUGUGAACAAGAUGGUGGCGCAUAAUUUCCAUGAGCAAGAGUUCAAGGCCACCUUUGCCGGAGCACAUCAGAGGCCGCAGAACGUCGCAGGGAUCAUGCAGCAAUCAACUGGUCUAUCGGACUACGCCGUGCUGCCGGCACGGCCAGUCAACGAAGCCCCUCAACCGUACACCUUGCUGGAGCGUCGUAAGCGGAAGUCAUCCGAACUGGUUGACCAAGACGCCGAGCGUCUACACGUUCCGCUGUUCGCGGAGCGCGGUGAUGAGAGGGUCGCAACGGCCUGA